AUGAACAUUGAUCAGGUGACAGAGCUGAACGAGCCUCUGUCUAACGAAGAGAGGAACCUGCUGUCUGUUGCCUACAAGAACGUGGUGGGGGCGCGGCGCUCCUCCUGGCGGGUGAUCAGCAGCAUUGAGCAGAAGACCUCUGCGGAUGGGAACGAGAAGAAGAUAGAGAUGGUCCGUGCCUACCGCGAGAAGAUCGAGAAGGAGCUGGAGGCCGUGUGCCAGGAUGUGCUGAGCCUGCUGGACAACUACCUGAUCAAGAACUGCAGCGAGACGCAGUACGAGAGCAAAGUCUUCUACCUGAAGAUGAAAGGGGACUAUUACCGCUACCUGGCCGAGGUGGCCACCGGUGAGAAGAGAGCGACCGUGGUGGAGUCUUCAGAGAAAGCCUAUAGUGAAGCCCACGAGAUCAGCAAGGAGCACAUGCAGCCCACCCACCCCAUCCGGCUGGGGCUGGCGCUUAACUACUCGGUUUUCUACUACGAGAUCCAGAACGCCCCGGAGCAGGCCUGUCACCUGGCCAAGACCGCCUUCGACGACGCCAUCGCCGAGCUGGACACCCUCAACGAGGACUCCUACAAGGACUCAACCCUCAUCAUGCAGCUCCUCCGUGACAACCUAACGCUCUGGACGAGCGAUCAGCAAGACGACGACGGCGGAGAAGGCAACAACUAAGCCCCCCCUCGAUGGACUGGCAGCCGCACGCUGAUGCUAACUACUGCAGUCUUUAUUUUUUGCCCACCAGUUGGGGGAGGGGGGGGUUGUCAGGGGUGGGGGAGGGGUCACCUUCCCAGGGGAGGAGGCCCCCCACAACCUGUCUUUGAUUGCCUCGUUGACAUUUUUGCCAAAACACCACUAGUGGAGAAAGUCAGGCUGGCUGUGCUGGUUAUGGAAUAGCAGCCUCACUGGCAUAUGGACUGUUCUGUAGAUUAUUCAUACAAGUGGAGCUGUCUUUAAUUUAACUUUAUUGCUAGAAAGGAAACAAAAAAAUAAAAGGGGUUGAAGAUGAUUAUUUUAUUUUAUUUUUUGCCUGGAUGGAAUGGCCCUCGUUUUUCAGGAAAGGAACACAAAAAAAAAUAGAAAAA